UGUUCACCUGCUGCUUCUGCUAUAAGAGCCCUGCACCGUCGGCCUCAUCUUGGUCCCUUCUUCCUCUUCUUCCCAUCGUCUCGAAAGUAGUGUACGCAAGAUCGAUCGUCGGUUCAUCCAUGGAGAGCACCGAGCUGAAAGUGGAGAUGGUGGCGCUGCAUGAGAAGAGGGUACGGAAAUGCCUGUCCAAAGUGAAAGGGGUGGAGAGGGUGGAGGUGGAGGGGAGCAUCCAGAAGGUGGUGGUGACCGGGUAUGCGAACCGGAACAAGAUCCUCAAGGCGCUCAGGAGGGUGGGGCUCAGGGUGGAGCUCUGGUCGCCGCGGAACGAGCUGCUCAGCGCCUACGCCGCCGGGAGCUUCGCCUUCAACAACUACGGCUUCUUCUGAUCUCAUCCGAUGAGAUGCAUGCUAGUUGCAUGAUGAUGUCGGCGACGUUGAACGACCAUGUAUAAACUGGAUCGAAUCUGGGAGCUUGCUUGGUGUUUCUUCUUUCUGUUUUUGCUUUAUUAUAUGCUUCGGAUGGUUUCUUCUUCC